AUUGUCAGCUGCCACAGUCUGGUGCCUGCGCCCUUGGCGGAGUUGCUAUACCAUAACGAGGCCGACCAAUUGAUCCCUGUCGUGACUGCAGCGCAUGAACCAGGCCAGAUUUAGUGAGCCUCAGAAGCCCUCAAGAUCCCUGACGGUGAGUUCUGGUCUAAUGUUUCCGCCCUCCCUUUAUUUAUUUUUUUACUUUUGGUUUUUUUCCCCUAGCACAUCACCAACCUACAUUUUGUCUUUUUUUUGAUCGGGUUUGUUUUAUCUGUGCCGCUGGGCUGUGCCAAGCUACCUGGGAUCUGGUCAGUGCAAUGUAAUUGUUAUCAGGUCGUCGCAUUCCAGUCCCCCCCUUCUCCCUACUGUGCCGUUACCGCCUACGACCUGACCGCCGACUCUACAACUCCUAGCAUAAUCCAUAAUCGGCUAGGCCCCCUCCCUCAGAUACCGACCCCGACUCGGAACUGCCCGGUCCCCCACGGCUUGUCUGCCGCAUUUAGAACGAACCACCCUUCCCCUGAAAAUCGACAAACCGACGACCGCCAACGAAACAGAGCCUCGUAAAACUGGCCUCCAAUACUGCGAAAACCAACCCCCGAACCCCAAUAGACCAUGUUGGCGUCGGCCGCUAGGAAUGGGCCCGGCCACGGCGCUCAACCGGCUGCGUAUGGCAGCGGGCCCGCGCCUCCAGCAGGCACCUUUACCCCAGGCACAAAGAUCCAGGUCGGCAGCCACCGAGUCGUCAUACAAAAGUACCUAUCCGAGGGCGGCUUCGCACAUGUAUACCUCGUUAAGCUGCCCCAGCCCGUGAGCGGGACCGACCUCGCCGUGCUCAAGCGGGUGGCCGUGUCCGACAAGGAGUCGUUGCGUGGCAUGCGCACCGAGGUCGAGACCAUGAAGCGCCUCAAGGGCCACCGUGCCAUAGUCACAUAUAUCGAUUCGCAUGCCUCGGAGCUGCGUGGCGGCGGCUACGAGGUCUUUUUGCUCAUGGAGUACUGCGACGGCGGCGGCCUCAUAGACUUUAUGAACACCCGACUGCAGCACCGCCUGACGGAGCCCGAGAUCCUAAACAUUUUUACCGAUGUGGCCGAGGGCGUGGCCUGCAUGCACUACCUAAAGCCGCCGCUGCUGCACCGCGAUCUCAAAGUCGAGAACGUCCUCAUCACGAUGUACAGCUCCGUGCGCAAGUUCAAGCUCUGCGAUUUUGGUUCCGCCGCUCCGCCCCGUCCCGCGCCGACCACGGUGGCAGAGUGCCGGGCUACCGACGAGGACGUGCAGAAGCACACGACGAUGCAGUACAGGAGCCCGGAAAUGACGGAUGUCUAUAGAAAGCAACCGAUCGACGAGAAGUCGGACAUCUGGGCUCUGGGGGUUCUGCUCUACAAGCUCUGCUACUACACCACCCCUUUUGAAGACCAGGGUCAGCUGGCCAUUCUAAAUGCUAGCUACAAGUACCCCAGCUAUCCGGUAUUCUCGGAUCGCUUGAAGCAGCUCAUCGCUGUGAUGCUAAAGGAAAACCCCCAAUCACGUCCCAAUAUAUACCAGGUUCUUAAGGAAGGGUGCGCAAUGCAAGGCAAAGAACCUCCAAUUAAAGAUAUAUACUCUGGAAAGCCACGAACAACACCACAGCCCAGCUCCAGACCGGCGGCGGCGGAUCAGCCUGCGCACGCCCCUGUCGUUGGGGCAUCUUUUGCUCCGGCAGCAAAACAACAGCAGGUCAUUCCAGAAAUUGCGCCCAUGAGACGAGGCAGACCGACAGCGGCGACUACUCUCCCAGCUCAGCCAGGCACAUCCCCGUCGAGCAAACCUAAACCGAGCCCAUCACCCAUGAGAAUUACGAACGGUGACCCGUUCGCCGCGCUCGACAGCAAAGCAGCAGCAGCAGCAGUUACCGGCAAAGGCGACGAGCUUUCGUCGAGAUUUCCCACGCUUGACCAGUUUUCACUACUCCACGACCAUGGCUCAAAGUUCAACUUUGACGAUCCCUCGUCUCCCGACUCGUCGAGGAGGGAUAUUGGGCAAAGGAUUACCGAAAGAUUGGCAGACGACGCCUUCGCGCACCCUAGUUCUCCUGAGAAGCAGUCACAGCAACCGCCUCAGGCUGUUUAUAGCAAGCCUCCAAUAGUCUCUCCGCCCAUACAUUCAGCCUCGGCGCCUCCCAGGACAAACGACAUGAGCCGUGCUUCGGCCAUUAUUGCCCAGACUCCCGAGUUGCAGGCUAUUGCCUCGCCGGAACUUCAACAACAGUCUCCUCCCAAACCAAAGCCAGCAAUGGUAUCUACAGGGACGAUGACGAGCACGCCGCCAACAGAACGACCGCCUCAGUUCCAGUCUUAUCAACGAUAUCCCGACCGCUCCGCCAGCAUGCCUAAGCCCAAGGAAACAGAGAGCCUUGGUCAAUCGCCUAGCGACCCAACCGCUCCCAGAGUCUCUACGUAUCCCCCUGUGUCUACCCACAUGCAUAAUUCUUCUUCUUCACGACCAUCGUUAGAAGGAGGUCGUCCGAGUUCAGAUUUGUUAGAUGCGGCCUAUAGAACCACAUCGCAGGGCUCACGACCUAGGCCGGUCAGCACGUAUAUGGAGUCCAACUUGGACUAUCUGCGCGAAAAAGAGAAACCGACCAAGCCGAUUCCUUCUCCGGGCUUAUCAUCUGGGAGGAACUCGGCAUUCAUGUCGCCCCCACCGCCAGAGCCUUCAGAAGAGGCAAACAUUGCUUCGAAUGUGGACUUUUUACGGUCGAUGGAGGAAUCAGAUUCCAAGAAAACGAGCAAGCAAAGCAAGCGAUCCAGCCUGACUUCAUUAUCAUCAGGAACAAAAAACAUCUUUGCGGGCAAGUUCAGCGAUGCAUUUAAACGGUUCGAGCACAGUAACAGCAGCAGCAACAGUGCACCACCGCCGGCCAGAACGCCGUCGCCCUUGAAAAGUCUCGGGCGGCACCACGACCUAACGCCGAUUGCAGGAUCUGAGGCGACAGAUGGCAGGUCUGACGACGGGCAGGUCCUCGAGGAGACAGAUGACAUGACCCCUGAGAUGCGGCGGGAGGUUGAGCGCCGGCGACUUUCUGAAGAAGAAAAGAGGGUCGCGGCGGCCGGUGCGGAGUAUCGAAAGCGGCUGGCUGAUCGCGAGCCUGGGGUUGCGCAAGCGGGGCUCCCCAAAAGCAUCGGUGGCGUUUCUCGCGCCGUUUCGAUCCAGAACAAAGUCCAAAACUUGCUGGACGAGAGCCAGAAGUCGACCCAUAUCACGCGGACCGCUCAGGGGUACGGGCACUUUACCGAGUCGCCGGCCCAGGAACUGGAGAGGCCUGAAAUUCCACGAAAACCUGUGGGUGGCGUGAUGCGAAGCAAUGUCGGGCUUGGGGUGGGGAUCGAGACGAAGCGGCCAGCGCCGCCAGUGGGCAUGAAGCCCGAUGUGCGGCCGGUUUCCAUGAUGCCUAACACGAGCGGGAGACCUACAGCUCCUCCAAAGCCUACGCACCUUUACAAAAACCUUACCAGCGGCGGCGGGAGGCCAAUGUCGCCGCCGAAACCAAGCUCACUAAACAAGCCGCUUCCUCACAGGCCACCUAUGGGGCAGCAGGAACAACUGAUGGCUCCCAGCCUCCCUGGACAGCCGAUACUUGACAUGACGGCACAGGAGAAGGACGACUACCUGAACGACUUCCAGAAGCGAUUCCCCAGCCUGGGCGCGAUCGAGAUGGUGGAGCGGGACCUGGGUGCGGAAGCUGCCGGCGGGAGGGACCGGGAACGUUGAUCUGGUGGGACUUUUUUUAUCUAUUCUUGUAGCACAGCGCGCGCGGGGCAUCCGGCAGAGAAAUGCGGAAGUGUAUGUUGUGCAUACACUGCAACGUUACCGAAAAGUAUAUAGAGAGACGAGAGGGAGGGUGGUUGGCAUCCCCGUCAUAGUCUAGCGCGUGCAUACCCGUAGAUAUUUUAGAAAUACUUUCACGGCAAACCAUGUCAAUUUUUCGGCCGGUGAAUCUAAGAAACAGCUGUCGGGAUCUACUCUAAAUCGUGGGCCAAGCCGGGAGGAAAACAUGACCAGAAGUGCGGGCUUUUUGAAAGUC